AUGGCUGCGGGCGCCGCACCGCAGGAGCCGGUGACCUUCGAGGAGGUGGCCGUCUGCUUCUCGGCGGGGGAGUGGAGGGCGCUGGCGGGGUGGCAGAGGGGGCUCUACACGGAGGUGAUGAUGGAGAACUACCAGCUGGUCACCUCCAUGGGCUCGGCCGGCCCCAAGCCGGAGGUGAUCCUGAAGCUGGAGCGAGGGGAAGAGCCGCACCGGGGGGACCCCCCGGCCGCGCCCGCGGGAGGGAGCCUGCAAGCCCCCGGCACAGGGGACCCCCCUGGGCGCCAGCUCUCCGGCUGCGCCGCCACCACCGCCACCGCUUCCAAGAGGAAGGAGCUCUCCUUGGCCGACCGGGUGAGGCUGCUGCAGGCGCUGGAGUCGCCCUCCGCCUCCCUCUCCAGCGUGGCCAAGCUCUUCGGCAUCUCCAAGAGCCAGGCGGGAAGGAUCGGCCGGCGCCGGGAGCAGAUCCUGGCCGACUGGCGCACCAACGCCAACCCGCUGCGCAAGCGCAAGCGGGAGGGCAAAGGUGGGGAGGUGGAGGACGCGCUCUUCGCCUGGUUCCAGCAGGCGCUGGCCCGCGGCGAGCGCCUCUCGGGACCCAUCCUGAAGGCCAAGGCGCAGGAGCUGGCCCUGAGCUCGGGCCGGGACUUCGAGGCCACCGACGGCUGGCUGUGCCGGUGGAAGACCCGCCACAACAUCGUCUUCAAGCGGCACCAGGGCGGGAAGGCGGACGCGGACGUUGGCAGCGCCCAGAGCUGGGUGAGCGAGGUGCUGCCCGCCCUCCUGGACGGCUACGGUGCCCAGGACAUCUUCAGCGCGGAAGAGACGGGGCUGCUGUACCGUGGCUACCCGGAGCGGGCGCAGGUCCCCGGGGACCCCCAGGGGCUGGGCGGCAAGAGGGCCAGGCACCGGGUCUCCGUCCUCUGCUGCACCAACCACACCGGCACGGAGAAGCGGCGUUUGCUGGUGGUGGGCAGGAGCCGGCGGCCGCGCUGCCUGCCUAAGGACCCGCGCGUGCUGCCGGUCACCUACGCCAGCUCGGCCAACGCGUUGGUGACGGCACGCGUUUUCCAGGAGUGGAUCCUGCGGUGGGACCAGGAGCUUUGCCGCCACCGCCGCAGGGUUGUGCUCUUUGUGGGCCGCAGCAGCGCCCACCCCCCCGAGCUGAGGACCAAGCUGCGCAACAUCAGGCUGGUUUUCUUCCCCCCCGACACCUCCAGCAUCACCCAGCCCAUGGGCGUGGGCAUCAUCCGCAACCUGAAGGGCCACUACCGGGCGCUGGUGCUGGCCAGGGCGGCGCAGGACCCGGCGCUGGCCCGGGCGGGGCGGGCGGCCGAGAUUGCCGGCCAGGUGACGCUGCUGGAUGCCAUCUACCUCCUGCACAAGGCCUGGAGGUUGGUGCAGCCGGCCACGGUGCAGAGCUGCUUCUGGAAAGCCGGCUUCCACCUGGUGCCGCUGGAGCGGCGGGAGGCCGACCGGCUGCCGCUGGCGGACGUGCCGCGGCCGCCCUUCAUCAGCGAGCGGGACUUCCUGGCCUUCGUCGGCAUGGACGCGGCGGAGCCGGCCGUGGGCGAGGCGGCAGGCGAGGAUUGCUCGCUGGUGCAGCAGGGCCGGUGGGACGCCGGGGCUGCGGGCGGGGAGGAGGAGGAGGAGGGUGAGCCGGAGGCCGGGAGCGCCGUCACAGCCGCCGAGGCGCUGGCCGGGCUGUCCACAGCCAUGAAGUGGUGCCAGCUCCGGGGGCUGGUCUACCACUGGGAGUGGCUGCUGGAGAUGGAGGGCACCCUGCGGAUGGCCGUCGUGGCCGAGGCCACCCGGGGCGCGCUCCCGGCACGCACCGGCUACGCGCCCGGCACCGCGCCGUAG